AUGGAGCAGAUAGACAAGAUGAGCGUUUCCAGUCUGAGAAAGCUGUCCUUGAUCGUUGGCCAUCAGCUGCUCCAAGUUCUUGUCAACCUGUCAGACAGCUCGGCCAGGGAGGCACAAGCGCGAGAGGCCGAGAAGAAAGCCGAGAUGGAUGCCCAGAUAGCUCGGAUGAAAAUUAAGGAACUAGAGGCUGAGGCCAAGCAUCUCCAGGGGGCCCUUGGGCAGGUGGAGUCCGAUCUCGUCCUCGUCCUGAAGAGGGAUAAAGAGAUGGAGAGAAGGACUGAAGAGUGCAUUCAAGAUGCCAAGUGCUCCUCCAUCGAGGAAUUCAAGGCAUCAUCUGCCUUCGCUGAGGAGAUGGCUCGAGCGGUUGAGGUAUUUAAGGCGUCUGAAGAAUACCACGACAGUCAUGUGGCCUUCAGUAAGAAGAUUUUUCAUCAGACUCACAAAGAAGGCUGGAUCGAUUGCCGAAAGUUGAUAGAGGAGGAGCAUCCGGAGCUUGAUCUCGCCUUUUUGGACUAUGAAGAUGAAGAUGAAGAUGGCGAGGAGUUCACACUGCCUCCGAGCUCCCCAUUUUCGAGAAGGAAAAUGUUGCCGAGCCACCCUUCCUCUAUCUGUUGCGGCUUGUUUCUGAUUGACGUCGGAAGACAAGGAGGUGCAGUGCUGGAGCAAACUGCAAAAAAAUUCGAACUGGAGGAUUGUGCUUCGUUGAGCCAAUUUAAUGGAGAUUCUCGAGGCAUUUCUGCAUAUUUGAUCAAGUUGGAAUUGUUGGCUGCCAAGAACCUAAUUGGUGCAAAUUUGAAUGGCACAUCAGAUCCUUAUGCAAUAAUUACUUGUGGUGAACAAAAGCGGUUUAGCUCCAUGGUGCCGGGCUCAAGAAACCCAAUGUGGGGUGAGGAGUUCGAUUUUAUUGUUGAUGUUCUUCCUGUUCAGAUUAACGUGACAAUAUAUGACUGGGACAUAAUAUGGAAAAGCACAGUUCUUGGGUCUGUAACAGUUCCAGUUGAAAGUGAAGGCCAAACUGGAGUCAUCUGGUACACUUUGGAUAGCACGUCAGGACAGGUUUGUCUACAUAUUAAAACAAUAAAGCUUCCUGCAAGUACUUCCAGGGCUUUAAAUGGCUUUGCUGGUGCUGAUGCUCGAAGAAGGAUUUCUUUAGAUAAACAAGGCCCUACAGUGGUUCAUCAAAAGCCUGGGCCGUUACAGACCAUAUUUGAUCUUCCUCCAGAUGAGGUUGCUGAUCAUACUUAUUCAUGUGCGCUUGAGAGGUCCUUUUUGUACCAUGGGCGCAUGUAUGUCUCUGCAUGGCACAUUUGCUUCCAUUCUAAUGUAUUUUCUAAGCAAAUAAAGGUGGUUAUUCCCUUAGGAGAUAUCCAUGAGAUAGGGCAAAGCCAACACGCAUUUAUCAACCCUGCAAUUAUGAUAAUUCUUCGCAUGGGUGCUGGAGGGCAUGGUGUUCCUCCUUUUGGAAGCCCAGAUGGAAGAGUUAGGUACAAAUUCGCGUCUUUUUGGAACAGAAAUCAUACGCUGAGAAUUUUGCAAUGCCAAGCAAAGAACUUCCGUGCAAUGUUAGAAGCUGAGAAGCAGGAGUCGGCACAGUCAGCAUUACGUGCACACAGUAGCUCUGUCAGAGGUAGUAGAAAACAGAUUGAAAUUCUAGAAUAUGAUGUUGUCCAGACAGGAAAGUUCCAAUCUUUCAUCAAAGAAGAAGUUCUAGUUGGCAUAUUCAACGAUAAUUUUCCAUGCACAGCUGAGCACUUUUUUAAUGUGCUAUUGAGUGAUGACUCAAAGUUUAUUGAGGAAUAUCGGAGUGCACGAAAGGAUACAAAUCUCAAUUUCGGCCAAUGGCAUGCUGCUGGUGAAUAUGAUGGUCAAGUCAGAAAAAUAACCUUCAGAUCAUUAUGUCAUAGUCCCAUGUGUCCUCCAGACACAGCCAUGACGGAGUGGCAGCAUGCAGUUCUUUCAUCUGAUAAAACAAGCUUGGUUUUUGAGACUGUGCAACAGGCACAUGAUGUUCCAUUCGGUUCCUGCUUUGAGGUACAUUGCAGAUGGUCGUUGAAAACAAACUCUGAGUCUUCUUGUACGCUUGAUAUAAGAGCUGGUGCUCAUUUUAAGAAAUGGUGCAUUAUGCAGUCUAAGAUAAAGACUGAAUCUGUCGAUGAGUACAAGAAAGAGGUGAGUCUGAUGUUAGAAGUGGCACGCUCGUACCUUCUCAAGGCCAAGGCUUCGAACCAAGGGCCUGAUCAGGCAUCAGGAACUCCAUCUGCUCAAGGUAGUUGAAGUCCACAGCAUUAUCGUAUGAAGCCUGCCUGCUCGGCACCCUCAUUUGUCACACCAUCGGGGACUCGAUGAAGUUCCAUCUCUCAAGCCACUCGUAAUCUGCUCUGUGUUACACCUGUCGGCCUGCGCUAGUUUUUUGCUGUAUUCUCACCCUGCCUUCAUACAGGAGAAUUUUGUGGUGUGUGCAUAUAUCUGUCUGUAUCAUUCUCUCUUACGUAUCAUUAAAACAGGCUAUUCAAAGUGUACACAACUUGUCAAAUAUAUCCCGUCAAAAAAAACUUGUCAAAUGUGAAGUACUCGACUCUUUCUUAUAUAGGAUCUCACUUUUUUCUGGGAA